AUGGGAUGUGUAACUCAGAAGCAAAAGAAAGAUUUUAAAUUUUCUACAAUUCCGAUUUAAGAAUAACGAUAGGACGACCUCGACGAAUGGACAAAAAUCAUCCAACAGCAACAGGGAAAGCAUUUGAAUCACUCUGGAAAGGCGAUUAUAACGAAAAGCAAAACUCUAUCAGCUAGAUAUCAUCAACCUUUGGAAUAAAUUGACGAAGAAGAAGUGUGA